AUGGCGUACCUUUUAGGUUCUGUGGAUGGCUUAUUUUUGUUGGAGCGAGAAAUUGAUGACAGCAUAUACAACAUCUCCUUGUCAUUGUGGAAUCCUGCCACCAGGGAAGUGAGGCCCCUUCCUGCAGCCAACUUCCAGCUUCCACCAUUUUUCACACAAAUGAGCAGUAAUUUUGGGUUCAGAUUAGACCCCAUAACUAAUGACUACAAGGUUGUUUGGUUUCGGUCCUUCUGGGAUGACGACAGAAAUCAUAAUACUCCAGAAUAUGCAGCAAUCUAUUCUUGUUCUAGGGAUUAUUUGAGAGUCCUUGAACCUGCAAAUCUCGUACAUGAAUUCAGCGCAGAUGUCGUUGGUACUGCUUAUUUAAAUGGAACUUAUUAUUGGCUGCUAUGUGGAGGGCUUUAUUAUUUUGAUGAUUGUAGCAUUCUUUCAUUUGACUUUGGUAAUGAGGUGUUUGCAGAUAUCGGAGGUCCAGAUGUUGGGCGCGCUUUCAAUCACUUCAAUGUGAGACUGGUAUUGCUUGGUGACUUCAUUGCCCUCAUGACCGAUGUUGUAGGAUUUGUUUAUGAUAUAUGGGACUCAGACCACGAGGAAUCUUGGAUUUCGUCAUACAGGCCUGAGGAGAGCGG